AAUAACCGCUCGAUUUACAAUUUUAAUCAACCUUCAUGCAAAUGCAGAUUGAAUUUUUAAUUAUUGUAAAUCUUUCUUCGCAUUCAAUUGUGUACUGAGUUUACGUCAACCCGUUGCUUGUAUGGUGUACCUUGAUCACUACCGGAAGAAAUAGGUUUGCUCGUUAUGGAGGAGCCAGCGCAUCCUCGUCUGUCAUACCAUUUCACUGCCGACGAAAUCAUAGAGCAGGGCCGGACGACCAGAGAAUAUGUCGAUACUAUCAAGCGGUGGCUCGCCCAGCAAAACGAUCACCGGAUACCGCACGUGCAAGAUGAAAUGGUGGUCUUAUUCCUGCUGUCCUGCGAGAACGAUAUUGACCUGACCAAGAACACUAUCGCGAUGUACUUCAAGUGCAAGAAAGACGGCCCUGAAAUCUUCGACGACAGAGACAUGAGCAGGGCAGGCCUCAAUAAGGGAAUGAAUACCGUGCACAUGUCGAGCAUACCUACGAGAACAGACGAGAACUACGUGGUCCAUUACUUCAAACUACACGACACCAGCUACAGUAAUUUCGACUUGGUGCCGAUUAUGAAGUUGUCGUACAUGCUGGUGGACAUCGCUCAAGAGAAGAAUCCCCCCAACGGUUUGGUGGUGGUCAUAGAUAUGAAAGGGUUCGGUUUGAUGCAUCUCACCAGGUUAAAGAUGGGGGCGAUCAAAACCUACCUGCAGUUCCUCCAGGAAGGUUUCCCCCUUCAAUUGAAGGCGAUACACAUCCUGAACGGUGUCUACUUCUUCGAUAAAAUUAUGGCGAUCGUGAAAGUCUUUAUGAAGAGCGAACUGAUUGACAUGAUCAAAGUGCAUUCGCCCAAUAUUGGUCAGGAAGAGUUGUUCCGCUGCAUACCGCAAAAAUGCCUGCCACGGGAGUACGGCGGCGACCUGCAAUCGGAAAAAGAACUUCACGAAAAAACGGUGCAGCAAUUUUGCGACAAACAAGAAUUUUGGAGAAUCGAGGAAUUGAUCAGAAAAAGUUGAUGGUUAAAUUUUCGAUUGUUUUUCGUUGUUCCCAAGUAAAUUUUGUUGUUUGGUUUGGAUGGUUUGCUUUACUUGGAUCUACUUGAAAUCUGAAACUUUUACGUUAAUGACUUACCAAUUGGCUGAUGUAUCAUAUCAUUAUA